AUGAAGAAUGUAUCAUUAGAAGUUGUCAGGGAAAAGUUGUUGGAAUAUGUACAUCAGGAAAUCCCAUAUGGUGUUGAACAUCGUUUGACAGAUUGGAAGGAGUUACGUGAUGGUUCUCUUAGGAUUGAGCAGCAUCUCAUCACUCCCAAGAUGAGCCAGCGCAAGAUUCUUGUGGGGAAGAAUGGUUCUAAGAUAGGGAGAAUAGGUGUUGAAGCUAACGAAGAGCUAAGGUCCAUAUUUAAGAGGAAUGUCCAUCUCAUCCUCCAGCCAAUUGGGUAUAUAUGGAGAGGCUGGUCAGUUGAAUCAGUACCGUUCUUAGCCUUUCAAAGGGCACAUGGAGCUGAGACACUUUGCUUCAACGUUCAUUUUCCUUUUAUGAGGAAUUCUGGAGCUCAGCCACUACGCGACAAUUGUUCAUUUGCUUUUUGUUCACUUAGAUUUUUGGAGAGGAGAAAGCAUGGUUGGCGCUAAUGUUUACUUUCUGAUUGCGUGUAUACAGUUACAGAUUAUAUAUAUAAAUGUGUAUGAAGACGAGUUUGGAAGCCCGGCAGAGUGACUGUUUCAAUGUGCUGAUUAAAAAAAGAUUCAGAAUAUUGCCAAUGUAUAUCCAAAUGGUUGAAUACUGGAGACUGUGGCGGCCGGUCAUGAUUAGUGGUCAAGAUUGAUGAUGUGGCGAUGAGUGAUAUUUUGUUCCAAAAUAAACUUAUGCCUAAACUAGGACGAUGACAAACAAGACAAACUAGCCAAGUUAUAUUGGUACGAGGCUUUGCGAGGCAUUGGCAGUUUUUCAAGCUUUUUACCCUUGACAACUACCCAAUUGGUUCAAAGGAAUUCGAAAAAUACAACGAAAUGUCUUAU